CUUCUGCAAGAGGGUACCACUCUGCAGUGCUGCGAGCUGGCUAUGGAAUGAGAAAUUACAACGGCUGACAACAGAAGAGCGUUGCCUGGGACUUCGCCUGCGCCUGGAGGUCUGAACCCAAGGCUCUGGAUUCAACCUUUUGACCUCCUGAGAUCGAAAAUAUGACCCUUCAGCCGUUGCUUCUGACCUGCCUUUUCCUGCUCAUCCCUGAUUCCUGGGAGUUCUUCACUGCAGCAGAUUAUUACAGAAGAAGCUAUCCUUGCGAUGAGAAAACCCAAGGUGCCUCUGUUAUUGCAGAGUGCAACAGUCGUCGGCUGCAGGAAGUUCCCCAAACUGUGGGCCAGGAUGUCACCGAGCUAGACCUGUCUGAUAAUUUAAUCACACGCAUAACGAAUGAAUCAUUUCAAGGGCUGCAGAAUCUUACUACACUCAAUCUGAACCGCAAUGCCAUGCUACAGCCCUACUGGGAAAAUUAUUAUAUAAAUAAAAAAGGCAUGAUUAUUACAGACGGAGCGUUCCUCAACUUGCAAAACCUAACGGUGUUACUACUUGAAAACAACCAAUUAGACAAGAUACCAUCUGAUUUGCCAGGGUCUUUGAGAACGCUUAGUCUAAUAGAAAACAACAUCAUUUCUGUAACAAAAAACGACACUUGCGGACUGAAGAAUUUGGAAAAUCUCAAUUUGGGCUGGAACUGCUAUUAUGGCAAUGUCUGUAAUAAAACUUUUGAAAUAGAAAAAGGAGCAUUCAAAGAGAUUACAAACUUGAAGGUACUAAUACUAUCUUUUAGUAACCUUUCUCGCGUACCCCUCCACCUGCCCAGCUCCUUAACGGAACUUUAUCUUAGCAACACCAAUAUCAACAACAUCGGUGAAAAAGACUUCGAGAAACUGGAAAAUUUGAAACUCCUAGAUUUAAGUGGGAACUGUCCACGGUGUUUCAACGCACCAUUUCCCUGUACACCUUGUGCAGGAGAUGCUUCCAUUUACAUACCUCCUAACGCUUUCGAUAAGUUGACCAAACUCAAAUACCUCAACCUCUCUAGCACUUCCCUCCGGAAGAUUCAUGCGAGCUGGUUUGACAAGAUGCCUCAUCUGAAGGAGCUGCAUCUUGAAUUCAACUACUUGGUACAAGAAAUAGCCUCUGGGGAGUUUUUAACAAAACUGCCCAACUUAGAAAUACUUGACUUAUCUUAUAACUAUGUAAAGACAGAAUAUCCAAAGCGAGUUAAUCUUUCUCCAAACUUCUCUAAUCUUACAUCUCUCCGGGCAUUGCACUUGAAAGGUUAUGUGUUCCAGGAACUUGUAGAUGAAGACCUCCAGCCCCUGAUGAAUCUCACAAAAUUAACGACUAUCAACUUGGGCAUUAACUUCAUUAAGCAAAUUAGUUUUAAUGUUUUCCGACGUAUCCCCAACCUGAAAGUUAUCUACUUGUCAGCAAACAGAAUAUCGCCCUUGGUAGAUGAUAUUAGGUCAAGUUCUGCAAAUUUCUCCAUUGUCCAAAAUCAUGUCCUUAAACCACGCUCAGCAGAUGGUGACUUUGACCCACAUUCAAAUUUUUAUCACAGCACCAAACCUUUAAUGAAGCCACAAUGUACACAUUAUGGCAAAGCCAUAGAUUUAAGCUUGAACAAUAUUUUCUUCAUUGGGCAAAAGCAAUUUGAAGCUUUUCCUAACAUUUCCUGCUUAAAUCUGUCUUCAAAUGGCAAUGGUCAAGCAUUAAAUGGAAGUGAAUUUUCAGCUCUGCCUCACAUCAAAUAUUUGGAUUUAACAAACAAUAAACUGGACUUUGAUUUUGAUAGUACUUUCAAUGAAUUGCCUGAGUUAGAAGUUCUAGAUCUCAGCUACAAUGCCCACUAUUUCCAAAUAGCAGGGGUAACGCACCGUUUAGGAUUUAUUAAAAAUUUAACAAAGCUGCAAGUUUUAAAUCUGAGCCACAACGACAUUUAUACCUUAACAGAGUACAACUUGAGUAGCGUGUCCCUGAAAGAAUUAGUUUUCAGUGGAAACCGCCUUAAUGUUUUGUGGAAUGGUGAAGAUAAGAGGUAUGUGAACAUUUUUAGAAAUCUCAAAAACCUAACACGGCUUGAUUUAUCCUUUAAUAAUCUUGUGCACAUCCCAAAUAAAGCAUUCAUUAAUUUGCCCUGGAAUCUCACUGAACUAUAUUUAAAUGAUAAUAAGUUAACUUUCUUUAACUGGACAUUACUCCAGAACUUUUCUUAUCUCUACUUGCUUGACUUAAGUAGAAACCACCUAUAUUACUUAGCUUAUAGCCUAUUUAAAUUUGCGAAAUCUCUUAAGAUGCUACUACUGAGUGAAAACAGGAUUUUCCACCUGCCCCCUGGCUUGCUUUCAGAAAACAGCAGUCUGGUAUACCUUGAUUUAAGUUUCAACCUGCUAAAAACGAUCAACAGGUCCACGCUUGAAGUGAAGGACGAGAAUACCACCUUAGCCCUUUUGAAACUGGAUGGAAACCCUUUUGACUGUACCUGUGACUUGGGAGAUUUUCGAAGAUGGCUGGAUGAAAAUGUCAAUGUUGUGAUACCAAGACUGACGGAUGUCAUUUGUGCCAGUCCUGGGGAUCAAAGAGGGAAGAGCGUUAUGACUCUAGAGCUAACUACAUGUGUUUCAGACACCACUGCAGCCGUGUUAUGUAUCUUCACAUCCUUCAUCACCAUUGUGGUUAUGUUGGCUGCCCUGGCUCAUCACUGGUUUUACUGGGAUGUCUGGUUUAUCUAUCAUGUGUGUUUAGCUAAGGUAAAAGGCUACAGGUCUCUUUCCACAUCCCAAACUUUCUAUGAUGCUUAUGUUUCUUAUGACACCAAAGACACCUCUGUUACUGACUGGGUGAUCAAUGAGCUGCGCUUCCACCUCGAAGAGAGUGAGGACAAAAAUGUGCUCCUCUGUUUAGAGGAGAGGGAUUGGGACCCGGGAUUAGCCAUCAUUGAUAACCUCAUGCAGAGCAUCAACCAAAGCAAGAAAACAAUCUUCGUUUUAACCCGAAAGUAUGCAAAAAGCUGGAGCUUUAAAACAGCAUUCUACCUGGCCUUGCAGAGGCUAAUGGAUGAAAAUAUGGAUGUGAUUGUAUUUAUUCUGCUAGAGCCAGUGUUACAGCACUCUCAGUAUUUGAGGCUGCGGCAGAGAAUCUGCAAGAGCUCCAUCCUCCAAUGGCCUGAAAACCCCAAGGCGGAAGGCUUGUUCUGGCAAAGUCUGAAAAACGUGGUCUUAACUGAAAAUGAUUCACGGUAUAACAAUUUGUACGUUGAUUCCAUUAAGCAAUACUAA